CUCUCUCUCUUCGACGAAACCCUAGAGUUGCUCAUCUCCCCUGAGCUCCGGCGGGAUCAUACGACGGUUUUGGGUGUUCUUCAGUGGAUUCCUUGCUGAUUUCUUGGACGAAGAGUAAAUUCAAAAUUUUUUUCCGAUUGGAUCGGAUUUGCUUCAAAUCUCUAUCAAUUUCCAGCUAUGGAGCUCUCGGAUUUCUCUGUUAUAGAGGAGAGGCUGAGAGUGCUUCUCCGUCAGCUCCAGACUGAGUCUGGGAUCCUGGAAAGGAUCGUAUACAAGAACAAGAAUCAGCAUCGCCGAUGCCCAUACUUUAAAUCACUUCUCAAGGUGAGAAGGGAUGUCAAUCUUCUGAACUCUGCUAUGCUGGGUGAUGUAUUGAGUGUAUUGUUUCCUAUCAUUGAUGGGAAAAAACCUGCCCAGAAGGCUUUCUUUAUUAGCAGAGUAAAUAAAAAAAGUCCCUGUGGAAAGUAUAACUAUCUGGAGCGACUUCUUGGAAUUGCACGUCUACUAUCACAGAUGGCUGAACCAAUACUGAAGGCAUCUAUUCAGAUAUCAUUCUUGCUUGCGAAAUCAUUUUUUACUGGGUUUUCAGUGACAAUAUUAGCUCUGCUUGCUCGUCUCCGAGUUCUUGUUCAACAAAUUUUACUUGAUAUAGUUGUGGUUUUCAACAAGGUCUCAUCUCUUUCUCAAAAGAAGCAUGAUGUAAAGCUUACCCAGGAAGGACUUGAGGUAUUCAGGGAGUUCUAUCCCUCACAUGUUCAUGAUCAAAUACUAGAAUGCGUUUGGAAGGAAGACAAGUUUGUUUUGAUUGAGAAGAAGGAUCCUAGUUUCAUGAAAGAUCAAUCACCACUGCCCCCUGCCCAGUCCAUUCAGUAUGAAAUUAUGGAUCUCUUUGAUGAAGUUCAAGGCAUUGAACAUGACCCCCAACUUGAAGAUCACCAAGAACCCUGAUGCCAAAUGAUUUGCCUUCACCAAAUCAAGAAUUCGCAUCUGAUGAUUGUUCAAAUGAUGCAUACCAUGUACACCAAGAGCUUCCCAGCAUUGAUUUGGCAGCCACAGCAAAUGCAAGUGGAACCAUUAGCUCAUUCGCAGGUUUGAAACCUCUGCAAUCACAAAAUGAAUCACGAAAAGUAGCAUUUAUUUCAGUAGGGAAAUCAGCACCCUCUGUAGCCGAUGACUGCGCAUCAAACAAGAAAAUGAAAUCAGAGAUGCAGCCAGAGAAUGCUGCAAAUCCUGAUGAUCCAUUUCUUAGUCUACUCCUGGCUGGAAAUACAAACAAGAGUCUAUUUUGAUUCAGUUUAAUCUAUCGAAUGGACUUUUGUUGGCUUCAAAAAUGAAGGAAGUUCCAGAGCUUGUUGUGCAAUGUGGAAAUAUAAGGAAAUGAUUGGAAAACUAUUGACUGGAGCAGCUUCAACUUUUGAUCAUCCUUGACCUGUUUAGUGCCCUUCUCGACCAGUUUUAUUCAACCCGUUUCGGUCAUCCUUGGCAUGAGCAGAUUGUUUGAGUUAGCAUCAAUUUUUUACCCUCGUUUGAUAUCUUCAGCACAACCACAGCAACCAAAUUAUUAUGAGUUAGCUCUCAUUUUUUUAUUUAGACUUGUUGCUUCGGUUAUGUGUUUGUCUUUUUUAUUUUUUCCCAACAUUAAUGUUGGGGAAGAGUGCAUUGUAUGGGCGAAUUAGCUCUAUUAUGGUUUUAUGGGGAAGAAAGGCAAAGAAAGGGUACAGGAUAGAGGGCAUGAGUGUGUGCAUAUAUAUAUAUAUAUGUGUUUUUGACAAAUAUAACAAUUAUGGUUAGGUGUGUGCGCAUCAUGAUUAGGGGUGUGCAUAUGGGUUGAAAAUUGAACAUGUUGUGUUUUCUUCCAGCGAUGAUGGGGUGCGGAUUUUAAGUUCACAUCUGCCAUCAGAGAUCUAUUAUACGGUUUCUAACGGGAUUUAAA